AUGGGCACUGCAACCAAUGCUAUUUACUACCUCUUCCAUCCCUCAGAAUUGAGGUCGAUUCUUCAAUGGAAGAUAUGGCACAAUCCGGUUCAUGAACGUGAUGAGAAGGCUGAGUCGGAGACCCUUAAGCAAUGCUUCCAUUUUCUGGACAAGACAAGCCGGAGCUUCAGCGCGGUGAUCAAGGAGCUUCAUCCCGAGCUGCUGGCUCCUGUCUGCAUCUUCUACCUGACGCUUCGUGGGCUGGACACCAUCGAGGACGACACGUCAAUUCCCCUGGCCACCAAAGAGCCGCUCCUUCGCGGAUUCAAGGAUUUCCUGGAGCAGGAUGGCUGGAACUUCACGGGCAACCGGCCCGAGGAGAAGGACCGUGAGCUGCUGGUUCAGUUUCAAUGUGUCAUCGCUGAGUUCAAGAAGAUGAAGCCGGCCUAUCAGGCCAUCAUCAAGGACAUCACAGACAGGAUGGGCAACGGGAUGGCCGACUAUUGUCGUAAAGCGGCGCAGGACGACGCAAGCGUCAAGACAGUCGAGGAAUAUGACCUGUACUGCUGGUACGUGGCCGGCUUGGUCGGCGAGGGCCUGACUCGCCUCUUCGUCGAGGCCGAGUUUGGCAACCCGGCCCUGCUGAAGCGCCCCGAGCUGUACAAGUCCAUGGGUCUUUUCCUGCAGAAGACCAACAUCAUUCGAGACAUCCGAGAGGAUUUCGAUGAUCGCCGUCAGUUCUGGCCCAAAGAGAUUUGGUCCAAGCACGUCACCAAGUUGGAAGACCUGUUCAAGCCGGAGAACCGCGAAGCUGCCCUGAACUGUAGCUCGGAGAUGGUUCUGAACGCGUUGGGACACGCCGAAGAAUGUCUCUUCUACCUCGCCGGUCUCCGGGAACAGAGUGUCUUCAACUUCUGUGCCAUCCCUCAGUCCAUGGCCAUCGCGACGCUAUCGCUGUGCUUCCGCAACCCUGCCAUCUUUGAACGUAACAUCAAGAUCACCAAGGGUGAAGCCUGCACGUUGAUGGUCGAGUCGACGCAGAACCUGCGGAUCCUGUACGAGGCCUUCCGCCGCUAUGUGCGCGAAAUUCACCGGAAGAACACUCCCAAGGACCCCAACUUCCUCAAGAUUAGCAUCGCCUGUGGCCGGAUUGAGAAAUUCAUCGAAAACAUCUUCCCAUCCCAGACGGCCGAGGUGGCGAAGCGACGUGUGCUCGGCGUCCAGUCGGAAGCUGAAAAGGAGAAGGCCAAGCUGGAAGCCGAGACUCGUCAAGAUGUACUCUUCAUGAUGGCUCUCAUGGGAGUCAUUGUGGUGUUUGUCUCCAUUGUCAUGAUUGGCUUUGCUUGGUACUUCGGUGCACGCUUUGAUCUUGCGUGGCAGGAACUUCGAAAGGGCAACUUCCGUCCGCCCAAGCACCUUCACAACGAGGAGCUCUAG